AUGGGAUGUUUACUAAGUAUUGACGAGAAGGAAGCUGUUCUAAGAUCUAAACAAAUAGACGCCUCACUCAAAAGCGAUGGCGAAAAAAUGGCAAGAAUAGCUAAGCUGUUGUUGUUGGGUGCUGGUGAGUCUGGGAAAAGUACAAUACUUAAGCAGCUAAAGAUUAUUCACCAGUCUAGCUACACAAGAGAGGAAUGCUUACUUUAUAAGCCUGUUGUUUAUAGCAACACUGUUCAGAGUAUGAUAGCAAUUAUACGAGCCAUGGGUCACUUGUACAUUAAAUUUGAGGACGAGUGUCGAAUGGACGACGCUCGGACUUUAUUUGCGUGUGCGAAUGAGGCCGCAGACGGUUACUUAUCAACUGAAUUAUAUAAUGCUCUUUAUCAACUCUGGAAUGAUGAUGGUGUUCAACAAUGUUUCAAGCGUUCAAGAGAAUAUCAGUUAAAUGAUUCAGCAUCUUACUUUUUCAAUUCUUUAGACAGAUUGGCUAAACAUGAUUACAUUCCGACCGAUCAAGACGUAUUAAGAACACGUGUAAAGACUACGGGCAUACAAGAAACUCAGUUUUCUUACAAAAAGAUUGAGUUCCGGUUAGUAGAUGUCGGCGGACAAAGAUCAGAAAGAAAAAAGUGGAUUCAUUGUUUUCAAGAUGUCACUGCAAUCAUAUUUGUGGUUGCAUUAAGUGAAUAUGAUCUUGGUCUAGCUGAAGACCAAACAACUAAUCGAAUGGUUGAAUCUAUGAAUUUAUUUGAUUCCAUAUGUAAUAAUAGUUGGUUCACUGAGACCAGUAUGUUGUUAUUUUUGAAUAAGCGCGAUUUGUUUGAACAAAAAAUCUACCAUUCACCACUGACAAUUUGUUUUCCAGAAUAUAUAGAUAUUUAUAGGUCGAGUUUUGAUUAAACUACCUUCAGGAGUCAAACACAAUAAUUCAAAGUGUAAUGGCUUUAAUGUGAUUUAUGGUAGUCUCGUCUUUUAUCCCAAAAUAUUGUUUUGUAAAAGUACUUAAUAUAAAAGAAAGAAACAUAAAACAAGUACUUUUUGAGAGUGAAAAUAAUUAUCAAGAAGCUGGAUUAUAUAUACAAACAAAAUUUGAAGCACUUAAUAGACAGACAACAAAAGAAAUCUAUACACAUUUUACAUGUGCGACAGAUACUACAAAUAUACAGUUUGUAUUCGAUGCUGUAACAGAUGUUAUCAUAAGGCGUAAUCUUAAAUUAGAUGGACUUUUAUGAAAUUUCUUCAUAUUUUUUUAUGUUUGCGUACAUAAACAACUUGUGUGAGGUUUUACCUUUUGAACAUUGUGUAUACUGUUCUAUGAUUAUGUAUGAAUUAUUUGUAUAAACCUUAUGAAGUAAUAAAAUUAGCUUCAUCACGUAUAUUACGACCUUAUUAGUAAGAAUAUAUAGGAUGUAUAUGUUUGUGAUAAAAGUACACAUGCC